ACACUUAGCAGCUUCUAAGAAACACUGGUGCGUUGCAUAUAUUUCUCUUCACUCUGCACGCUCUCUCACUCACCCUGCAUUUGGCUCGAACACCAUCAAUUCACAGAGGCUCAUAUAUUCUGAGGUCAAAGGCUGUGGUUAUGGCGAACGAGCAGACUUGUCACUUGCACAACAUGGAACAGAGUGAAAGACGGAUGACAUCAUCGGAGGAAGCCGAUACAGGUCCAUUGCCAUCAAACAAGCCAUUACGUAACAUACAGAUCAAACUCGAAAAGGAGAUUGAAAAUUUGAAGUUAUUGACGGAUACCGACACAGUUCCGUUGACAUUAAACAAGCCAUUAAUUCAGAAGGUUCCGCAGCACUGGCGCUCGUGCUACAGUGAGGACGAGUGCAAACGAUAUUUCAAACCAAUUUCUGUUGCGAUCGGUCCCCUCCACCAUCAAAGAGAGAUUGACAGAGAUCCCAGAAUGGAAAGAGGUGAGCAGUGCAAGCUAAAACUGGCGGCAAUGUUCAUCAAGGAUAGUACGCGCAAGACGGAGGAGUUCUACGACGAUGUCAAGAAGGAGAUGAAUAGCUUGAAGAGCUGGUAUAACUUAGAAGUAGUAGAGAACUGGAGUGAAAAGGAAUUGGCCUGGAUGUUCAUAGUGGAUGGCUGUGCAUUGUUGCAUUUCAUAGUCCGUGAUGUGAACUAUGACUGGGAGCGAUUCAGUGUUAAUAAUGGCCUAGUCAGCAUUGAGAAGAUGGAUUUUUUCUUGCUUGAGAACCAACUGCCCUACCGACUUCUUGAGAUAUUGAUAGAGUCGUUUGCUAAAAACUUACCUGAUGACCAAUUAGCACGGAAUAAUCCUGAGGAGUUACUGAAGAAGUGCAUCGCCGAUUUCAUAAAUAGGAGUUUCUGGAGACUGACUGCGCAGCAAGAACACCAUAGGAGUUUCUUGAGACAGACUGCGCGCCAAGAACAGACCGCGCGGCAACAAAAGACCGUGCAGCAAGAACACCGUAUUCGGAUUGAUAAUUCUCAGCCUCAUCCUCCUGAUCCUCAGCCUCAUCCUCAUCAUUUUCAAGAUUUGUUGCAAGGAGGUGAGAAACGAGAAGGGAGUAACGAAGAUGGUUUUUGCGAGACACUGAUUGGUGAUAAAAGCAAUCAUCCUCAUCAUCUUCUAGACUUGUUGCGAAGAAGACUGAUCGGAGAGAAGGGUGAGAAACGAGAACGGAGUAACGAAGAUGGUUUUUGGGAGACACUGAUUGGUGAUAAAAGCAAACACUCGCCCUUAAUAAUUCGCAACGUAAGGGAGCUGAAAGGCAAGGGCAUUCAUUUUAAAGCGAAGGAAAAGGGAAGUGCCAUCACAAACAAUGAUUUCAAAGACCGUUGUUGCAUGGCAACCCUUACGCUGGCUCCCAUUUUUUUGCACGGUACCACCGUGCCAUUGUUGCUGAAUUUGAUUGCGUAUGAACUGUCUCCGGGUUUCAAAGAAAAUUGGGAGAUCACCUCGCACCUGUUACUCCUCGAAUCCUUGAUAGAUAAUGCGGAGGAUUUGAAGGAACUGAAAGAUGCAGGCGUGCUGCACAACGGAUUAGGAAGCGAUGAAGCUGUAGCACAGCUGUUGAGCAAGAUCGGCGGCAUCCUGGUGCCAAAUUUUAAGGUAGACCCAGAUUUGAGGCAUGAUAUCCGUGCAUACUGCGACCGCAACAAAUCACGCUUCAUGGAAUUCAUUCACACCUAUUUUAGGAGUACAUGGAGCCUCGUGGUCUUCCUCAGUGCCUUAGCAAGUCUUAUUAUGGAAGGAAUGCAAACUUAUUAUAGCUCCCACCAAAACAAGCCCCACUAGUGAACUUUAAUUACUAUAUAUAUAUAUAUAUAUUAAUAGCGUCCUAAAGUAUAUCUUUGGAGCCAAUUGGGCAGAAAAUAAUUUUAUAUAUUUGUU